AGCAAGAAGAUAAUGCUGAGGCUUUAUAAGACAGGCUGCAUGGAGUACUGUCAACAGUUUUGGGCCCCAUAUCUCAGAAGGGAUGUGUUGUCAUUGAAGAGAGUCCAGAGGAGGAUUACAAGGAUAAUUCCAGGAAUUAAGGGGUUCAAAUAUAAGGAGAGUGGCAGCUUUGGGCCUGUAACGACUGGAAUUUAGAAGAAUGCAGGUGGGAGUGGUGGGUGGGGGGGAAAUCUCAUUGAAACCUAGUGAAUGUUGAAAGGACUAGAUAGGGUGGACAUGGAGAGGGUGUUUCCUAUGGUGGGGCUAUCCAGAACUAGAGGGCACAGCCUCAGACUUGAGGGGCAACCUUUUAGAACAGAGGUAAGGAGGAUCUUUUUUAGCCAGCGAGUAGUAAAUCUGUGGAAUGCUCUGCUACAGUGCAGUGGGGGCCACGUCCAUAAGUAUACUUAAAGCGGAAGUUGAUCGUUUCUUGAUUGGUCAGGGCGUCAAAGGAUAUGGCGAGAAGGCAGAUGUCUGGGGUUGAGUGGGUCUGGGGAUCAGUGAUGAUGGAAUACAGAGAAGAUUCGAUGGGCUGAAAGGCCUGUCUGCUCCUGUGUCUUAUGGUUUGUGGUCUUAUGUGCAUCGAAACAUACAGUGAAAUGUGUUGUUUGCGUCAAGUCAGAUCAGCGAGGACUGCCCACAUGUUUCUGGUACCAGCCAAGCAUGCACACAACUUACCUGUACGUCUUUGGAAGGCCUAGAUGAAACCCACGUGAUCAUGGGGAGAACGUACAAACUCCUUACAGACGGAGGUGGGAAUUGAACCCAGACCGGUGAUGCACCAUGCUGCUCAGCUUCCUCUUAAACCCCUUCCCUCUCACCUUUAACCUGUCUUAUUGAUUCCCCACCACGGGGGAAGUGACUGUGUGGACUGGGCAGUUGUGGGGUCAUUAGUUGUGUUGCCAUCUGACAGCUGUAACAAGCCAGGUCCAUUCCUGCCCUUGGCCACUGUCUGUGUGGAAGUUAAACGGUCCUCCUUUGACUGGGUAAAUUUCCACUGGGUACCCUGGUUUCCACCUACAAAGACGCACAAACCUGUAAGUAAAUUGGCAUUGUAGUUUGCCCCGUGUUUGCCCCAAACCUGUAAGUUACCCUUGUGAGAUAGGCAUGAGAUUGGAUCAACAGUGAAAUCCGACCACCAAGAAUGAGGUUCUGCGACACUUCGUGGGGAGCAAGUUAGAGUUGCCACUAUCACUGAGGAAGGACAGUCUGUGACGAAAAUUUCUCCCAUUUCUCCCAUUGGACUCAGACUUCGGAGGUUGAGAGAGUGCGACGGGCCUUUCCACUUGAAAAACUCUCCCAUACUGCCUUUCACUGUCGCCAUCGGAUACGAUGCACAACCAAUCACAUCAGUCUGCCCUGGUGUGUUGGCGAGUGGUCAGGAGGGGCCCGCAGCUCAGCCUUGUUUUGCCUUUGAACCCAGCCUUUGAUGCCUGCUGUUCACCACAGAUGCACCAUCAAAGGUGCUGCUGAAAAAUCCUUGUAACAGGGCCAGGACCCACGCAGCAAUGAGGGCAAGUUUCAAAAUCAUAUACACGGGGAGAUGCGUGGUCUGGUCCAAUGGAGAGCCCUGGAAACAGAUGCGAAGGUUCACGCUCUCAACUCUGCGGGAUUUCGGAAUGGGCAAGAGGUCUAUUGAAGAUAAAAUCAUCGAGGAGGCUGGCUUCCUGAUGGAAAGGAUUAGAUCAUUCAAAGGUCAGCCAUUCGACACGGACAUUAUAAUAAACUUUGCCACGGCCAAUAUUAUCUGCUCAAUCGUUUUUGGAAACCGCUUUGAAUAUGAUGACACGACCUUCCUUACCAUAGGAAACUUGGUCCACGAAAGCUUUCGACUGCUUGGUAGCCCAAUGGUCCAGGUGUAUAAUGCUUAUCCUUUUCUGAGUUUUCUGCCUGGGAGCCACAAAGAGAUUUGCACACAUUUCACCAAGUUGAAGAUGUGCCUGAAGGACAUCAUUGAAGCUAAACACCAGGAGAUGAACGAAAAUGACAUCAGGAGCUUCAUUGAUACCUACAUCAAGAAGCAGAAAGAGGAGUCGGAAAACCCGGGCACAUACUUCCAUGAGAAGAAUCUCCUGAUCACGACCAGCGAUCUCUUCAUCGCCGGGAUGGGCACGACUGCCACUACAAUUCGCUGGGCCAUGUACAUCAUGAUAAAGUACCCUGACAUCCAAAAGAGAGUCCAGGAGGAGGUCGACAGGGUGAUUGGAUCGGAGCGGUCGGUCAGAAUGGAGGACCGCCGGCACAUGCCGUACACAGACGCCGUCAUUCAUGAGGUGCAGCGCUUCGCCAACAUUGCGCCACUGGGCAUCCCGAGGACCACGACUGUUGACAUCAACUUCCAGGGCUACUUCAUCCCCAAGGGAACCUACAUCAUUCCUUUACUAGCCUCUGUACUCUAUGAUAAAACACAGUGGGAAAAGCCUGAAAUGUUCAACCCAGGUCACUUCCUGGAUGCAUCUGGCAAGUUUGUGAAGAGAGAUGCCUUCAUUCCAUUCUCUACAGGGCGCCGGAUCUGCCCCGGAGAGACGCUGGCCAAAGUGGAGCUCUUCCUGUUCUUCGUCACCCUGCUGCAGAAGUUUGACUUGGUCGCCCUGCAGGGAGCUGAACUUGACCUCACCCCCGUCGUCGGUGGAAUACUGAACCCGAAGCCACACCGGCUGCGUGCCGUAGCUCGCCAGCAACGCUGCUGACCAGGCCCGGCGUCCUCAGGACUAGUGGGACUUUGUUGCAUUUCAUCAAGAUGGGAUUCCAUACUAAUUGUCCAUGGGGUGUGAGUGUCUGUAAAACCAUUGUUGUGCUUUCUCUCACAUUUAUCCAGCUUGUUUAAUGACCAGGGUGGGGAAUAAAAUGAAG